AUGAUCAAAAGUUUUGCCCAGGAUAUCGCCAAAAUUGAGGUCGGAAAGGACUGGCCGUAUAGCUUCGUCCGACGUAACAGCGAUGAGCUCGGUUGCACUUGGUUCGACGGUUUUGAUAUCGCAAGAAAGAGAGCAGACAAUGCUUCUAGAUACAGAGCCUACUAUGAGCUUAUUGGCGAGAAAAUCGAGAAAUACGACAUCCUGCCUUGCAACACGUAUAAUGUGGACGAAAAGGGCUUUCUCCUCGGCGUCAUCAAUCGUACCAAGAGAGUAUUCUCUGUUCACCUGACCGCGCUACCCCCGUUUCUCAUCUACCAAGGCAAGCCAGGGCAAGUUCAGGACUCCUGGCUCACGGAGUUUGAUCCGGAGCACCAAGCGGCGUUUUUCACAACCUCAGAAACGGGUUGGACGAACCAUGAACUUGGAAAGGAAUGGCUCAUUGGUGUUUUCGACCGGUUCACGAAAGAAAAGGCGCGAAACGGCCGGGAUUACCGCCUCCUGAUUACCGACGGACACUCUAGUCAUGUCAAUAUGGACUUCCUGGAGUGCCCCUUGAUGUGUCCCUUUGGCCCUCUUUCGACCGCAUACACCAACCAGCUCAUCCAGUGGACUGCAAAGACACAGGGACUCAUCGGGCUAUCGAAACGCGAGUUCUGGUCGUUAUUUUGGAACGCAUUCGGGUCAUCUUUCUCGGCGGAGAACAUCGCAAGUGGUUGGAAACGGACCGGACUCCUCCCAUUUGACCCUGAAGUCGUUUUGUCGCAGAUCGCGGAGAAAACAGAAGAUGAGUCUGAGUCUGGCGACAGCUCCGUUGACUCGCUCGCCCUGCAGCAGCCCACUGCUCGGGAUUUGCGCCGACUUGUCGACAAGGUAGUCGAUGGAUCCUCAAAAACGCUAGCCGAGACAGUCGGAAGCUCAAAGUACUCGAAAGUCUCCAAUCUCAGAACGAAUUGCUUCGAUAUGAGAAUCAGGGACUUCGGAGACUAUCUUUCACGAAAAGCAGCGCAGAAUGCGCGCCCUGCAAAAGUGGCCCAAGCGCGCUUGAAGAAAGCAGCCAUGGAGACUCAGAAGCAAGAAGAGGCCUUGGAGAAAGAACGACAAAGACGUCAGGCAAAGGAAGCCAGACAACAAGAGCGGGAGAAAAACAGGCAGAUACGGAAAGAGCUCAAGCGAAAGAACCAGAAAAAAUGUCGGAAAUGGGAUCCGGACCUCUGUUGCUCCACAGACUCGCGAGAAGAGUCCGGGCGUUCGAGACGAGAUUGUCGUCGCCAUUUCGGCUCCACCAGAACCGACGACAGCUCCGGAACACUCAAAAUCGCCAAACAUUAA